CGAGCGAAGCGCAUGCGCACGCGCACUGGAGCUCACGGGAAGCCAUGUUAAAGUUAGUCAAGUACUGAGACUGAGAUUCCCUUCUGACGCCGUAUGUUUCUUUUUUUCGGGUUUUCUCCUUUCGUCCGUGUCAGGGCCCCUAGCAAAUCUAUCACAGAUAGUCAGAGGCCGGACUCCCCAUGAUGAACUCUAGUUUCGAUCUAUCCAGGCGAAAUCCGCAAGAGGAUUUCGAGCUUAUCCAGAGGAUAGGCAGCGGGACCUACGGGGAUGUUUACAAGGCCCGUAAUGUCACUACAGGUGAGCUGGCUGCCAUCAAGGUCAUUAAACUGGAGCCAGGCGAGGACUUUGCAGUGGUCCAGCAGGAAAUAAUCAUGAUGAAAGACUGCAAGCACUCUAACAUUGUGGCCUAUUUCGGUAGUUACUUAAGGAGGGAUAAAUUAUGGAUAUGUAUGGAAUACUGUGGAGGAGGUUCAUUGCAAGACAUAUAUCACGUUACUGGGCCACUUACAGAAUCACAGAUAGCAUAUGUAACUAGAGAAACCCUCCAGGGUUUAUAUUACCUACACAACAAAGGAAAAAUGCACCGAGACAUAAAGGGUGCCAAUAUUUUAUUGACGGACAAUGGUUACAUCAAGCUAGCUGAUUUUGGUGUAUCUGCACAAAUCACAGCAACACUAGCUAAAAGAAAAUCCUUCAUCGGGACUCCUUAUUGGAUGGCCCCAGAGGUGGCUGCCGUGGAGAGGAAAGGAGGAUACAAUCACCUGUGUGACAUCUGGGCUGUGGGCAUCACCGCCAUUGAACUAGCUGAACUGCAGCCUCCAAUGUUUGACCUUCAUCCAAUGAGGGCUCUGUUUUUGAUGACGAAAAGCAACUUUCAACCCCCCAAAUUAAAAGACAAAGUUAAAUGGACCAACAAUUUCCACAUUUUUGUGAAGUUGGCUUUGACGAAAAAUCCAAAGAAACGGCCACCAGCUGACAAGUUAUUGCAGCAUCCCUUUGUAUCCCAACCGUUAAGUCGUAUUUUGGCGAUUGAGCUGCUGGAUAAAGCGAACAACCCUGACAACUCGUCCUACACAGACCUGGACGAUGACGACCCAGAGCCGGAGCCUCCAGUGUCUGUUCCACAUCGGAUUCGCUCAACAAGCCGUACCAGUCGAGAAGGGAAGACUCUGUCAGAGAUUAACUUCGGUCAGGUGAAGUUUGACCCUCCCAUAACAACAGAGACAAAACCACAUCAUGAACCGCCCGACACUGAUGAUUUUUUGGACUGUGCCGAAGAAAUAUACUACACUGCAAGAUCUAAUCUGGAUUUGCAGAUGGAUUAUGAGCAGGACUCCCCUAAAGGCUCCAUCCUGGGAGGAAAUAAGAGCCUCUUGAAAUCUGUUGAAGAGGAGCUGCACCAGAGGGGGCAUGAGGCUCAUUUGGAGGAUGAUGAUGAGGGUGAAGAUGAUGAUCAUGAUGAUGAAUUGCAACACACUAAAAGCUCCACUAUGAGGCCCAAGGUCCCCCCACCACUUCCUCCCAAGCCGAAGUCGAGUCCUGGACCACAUCAAAGCUCCUCUGCUGAUCAUGACGGUAACCAGGGCACUAUAAAGCGCUGUCCGGGGCCCGAAAGCCCGACUCGAUCAUCCACCAAUGUGCCCCCUCGGCCUCCACCUCCUCGACUGUCUGCAAACAAGCUCAGCAGUUUAGGCAAUGGGAUUAGCCCACCUGAACACUCGCCCCCAACAGCGAGACAGUCCACAAUGCCCCCUGCUGUUCCUAUACCAAAGGACAAGAAAGAUUUUCCAAAACCCAUCAGCAAUGGUCUCCCUCCAACUCCAAAGGUUCAUAUGGGAGCAUGUUUCUCUAAAGUCUUCAACGGCUGCCCGUUAAAGAUACACUGCGCUACCUCAUGGAUCAACCCAGACACACGAGAUCAGUAUCUGAUAUUUGGAGCAGAGGAAGGGAUUUACACAUUAAACCUUAAUGAGCUGCACGAGACGUCCAUGGAACAGCUUAUACCCAGGAGAUGUACUUGGCUGUAUGUCAUGAGCAACAGCCUGCUAUCAAUAUCCGGAAAAGCAUGUCAUCUGUACUCUCACAGUCUGAUGGGCCUAUUUGAACAUGCUCGACAAAUGCAGAAACUCCCUGUUGCCAUACCAACACAUAAAUUGCCGGACAAAAUAAUCCCCAGGAAAUUCACAGUGUCCACUAAGAUCCCUGAAACAAAAGGGUGUCAGAAGUGCUGUGUAGUGAGGAAUCCAUAUACUGGUCACAAGUACUUGUGUGGUGCCUUUCAGUCAAGUGUUGUCCUUUUUGAGUGGGUGGAGUCCAUGCAGAAAUUCAUGUUGGUCAAGAGCAUAGACUUCCCCCUGCCAUGUCCGCUGGAGGUGUUUGAGAUGCUGGUGGUUCCAGAGCAUCUGUAUCCUCUCAUCUGCAUAGCUGUGAGCAAAGGGACAGAGCUCAACCAAGUGGUGCAGUUCGAGACCCUCAACCCCAACUCUACCUCCAAUUGGUUUGAUUCUGAUACCCCACAGAGCUGUGUGAUCCAUGUGACUCAGCUGGAGAGAGAUACAAUUUUAGUCUGCUUAGAUCGGUGCAUUAAGAUUGUAAAUUUGCAAGGUCGCUUGAAGUCCAGUCGAAAACUCUCAGCAGAACUGACUUUUAACUUCCAGAUUGAAUCAAUAGUUUGCCUUCAAGACAGUGUGUUGGCCUUCUGGAGGCAUGGCAUGCAAGGACGCAGCUUCAAGUCCAAUGAGAUUACACAGGAGAUUUCUGACAACUCAAGGAUAUUCAGGCUGCUGGGUUCAGACAGAGUGGUGGUUUUGGAGAGCCGGCCAACAGACAACCCCACAGCACACAGCAAUCUCUACAUCCUCGCAGGCCACGAAAACAGCUACUGACUGCAGUGAAUUAUGGGA